GAUACGACAGGAGAAGAACGGCGGUGCUUGGUGUCCGAAAGCACAGAUCAGCAGCGAAGUUCGCGAAUUCCUCGAAGUCGAUCUGCAGAGGAAUCACCUGAUCACGUGGACGGAGACGCAGGGAAGAUUCGGGAACGGACAAGGACAGGAAUACGCGGAAGCAUUCUUAGUGGAAUACUGGAGACCGACGUUGAGCAAAUGGGUCGUAUAUAAGGAUGCACGAGGCGAAAAGGUGCUUACUGGCAACAGCAACACGUAUCUGGUGGUGAAGCAGCGACUGGAGUUACCCUUCAUCGCCAGCAAAGUACGCUUCAUCCCCUACAGCGAGCAUCCGCGCACCGUCUGCAUGAGGGUCGAACUGUACGGCUGCACCUGGGAACAGAACGUGGUGCGGUACGACGCGCCGAUGGGUCAGAGCCGUGAGUCCCUCGGGGUCAAUCUGGAAGAUGUGAGCUACGACGGAUUAAUCACCGGGGACACAAUGACCGGAGGACUCGGACAGCUCAUCGAUGGACUCUACGGGGAUGACGACUACCAGAAGCAAGUGCAGGGCGAAAACUCAGGCAGUCGAUGGGUGGGAUGGAGCAACGACACGAGGAACGGGAAUCCAUUAGAGAUCGUGUUCGAGUUCGACGCCGUCCGGGAAUUCAACAGGAUCCAUCUGCACGCUAAUAACAUGUUCACCAGAGGAGUCCAAGUGUUUUCAUCGGCUGAGGUAUGGUUCAGUUUAGACGGAGUCCGUUUUCAGCCGACGCCUGUGAAGGGCGGCGCUCCGAGGAUGGACAGAGGUGAAUCGGCGCUGAAUGUGACCCUGCAGUUGAAGGGUCGUUCCGCGCGGUUCAUCAAACUGAGGCUCUUCUUCGCCGACAAGUGGAUACUCCUCAGCGAAGUCGCCUUCGAAUCCG